ACCGCAGUCGCUCGUCCCUUCGGAGCCAGAACGACGUAAUACAUGCAUCGGGGAUAGACACCGUCCCAGGCAGAUAAGGCACCGCAGACAGAUCCAGACACGGCCUCCCGCAGCCGGGCUUGUGUCGCAUGUCACACAGUGUCGUCACACACUGCCGUCAUACCCUCCCGGUAUGCAAGACACAUGGUUUCCUCGGAGGUAGUGCAGCUGCGGACCUCCUGAAAGUGCCUGUCUUCUCGACUGACCGCCCCCGGUGUGGCAACUCCCCGCCUGCUUUUCUGUUGCAGAAUGGUCGGGGUGUCUGUAUAAAUAGUUAUGCUUCUCUUCUUUCCAUGUGUGGUUGCAUCCUCGGAGAAUGUUGAGGAUCCGAUCUGUAUUGUGCUGUUGAAUUCUUUUGAACAAUUUCUUGGCAUCUUU